GGCUGUGACCUCAUCCGCCUCAUUCGCAUUUCCGUUUUCUUUUACCUUUAGCUAAGCUAUACGGUUAGCUUUGUCGUUUUUUGAAGAUGACAGAACAAAAACCAGAGAAUAUUAGCUCCAUACCCAUCGACGGAUUCAGUAAUUUAAGAAUAACGUCGAUAUGGACGUUUCUAAUGUCGGUGCAGUGGUCGGAACCAUGGCUAAUCGGGCUCAUAGUAUUUCAUGUUGUGUGUUUGUUCCUGACUGUAGUAACCUGCAGGUUUUACAGAGCUCAGAUCUGCCACUUCCUGGUCAUCGUUGGCCUGGUUUAUAGUGCUGAAUAUCUGAAUGAACUGGCAGCGAUGAACUGGAGGUCUUUUUCUAAUUUCCAGUAUUUUGAUUCCAAGGGAAUGUUCAUAUCACUGGUUUACUCAAUUCCUCUCCUUCUCAACGCAGUCAUCAUCGUGAUGGUGUGGGUUUACAGGACCUUUUCCACCAUGACUGAACUCAAGACGCUUCAGCUGAAGAGAAGGGCCCGUCGAGAGAAGAGGGAGAAAAACGACUGAUCCCUUUCCCAAAGUCCGUACAUGGCCUUCACCGGGAGAAUUGAGAAUCUCUCCCCUGCUAAUCCUGAAUUUUGGGAAAGGAAAACAGAUUUGCUCUUGUGACUUUAAAAGGACUACUUUCUUUCAGGGUGGAAGUUUAUUUUUUUUAUUUAUUUUUUUUUUAGCAGUGGAAGUUUUUCAAUGGGAUUUAUGUAGACCAAAGGAUAUUAUUGUUUUCUGUUUCUAUUGUCUCCAAGUGUGCUACCAUGAAAUAUGAAUAACAUUUUUCUAAAGAUCAUGUUGUUCCUUUUCAUUCUUUAACAAAGCGAGUGAGAAAGGAGUCAUGUGGGAAUGUUUAAAGUUAUCCAGUCCACAUAGAUGCUGAGGCAGCUUGCGUCUUAAGAUGGAGUGCAUAAUUAACGUCCUCUUUCUCUGUGUAUGAGAGAGAGAGAAAGAGAGAUUCCUUUCCUGACUUUGCAGAUCUUCCAGCCACAAAUCAACCCUGGAUAGACUUUGAUCACGCUCUGAAGCCGUCACUCAAUAACGAGGGUUCCAGUUUAACCAACUCAUUUAUUUACCCAUAUAAUGACUUUUAUCUUUAUUUAAUUUUCUAUAUCACUAUUUGUAGUACAAAAAAUAUUGUCAUUUUAUGGUAAUAUUUGAUUAAGAUCUAAGGUCAUUUUUUAUCCAAUUAGGAAGUUUGGUCAAAGUGACACAGGCAUCUUCUAAAAAAAAAAGGAAAAAAAUAGCCCAAUAUACAAUUUACAUCACCUUAGUUUUUACAUGUAUACAAAAAUGCAUCUUGAAAUGGUUGCAUGAUUAAAUGGUGUUUUUAUGUUUCCACUUUAACUGCCAACUGUUCAUCCAUGCAAUAAGAUUCAAAGCUUUGGAGGCUGAAAGGCCUCCCUGCCUUGGCGCUAAUCUUUAGCUCCCACCACAGGUUCAAGUUGAGACUUGUGAGAAAGUGAUAUUUAUGAGAAGUAAGUUUUGUUUCCUUCCAUAUUCAGCGUGCUGGGUGUAUUUGACGGUAAAUGUGGACUUCGCUGACUUAAACCUGCUUUUUCCAGACUUGCAGUCCUAAUGUUCCAUUUAGCCUCACUGAUUUGGAGUUUUAUUUAGACUGCUUUAAUAACUUUAUUAUAAUUAAUAAUCAAAUAAACCAUUUUCCUUCUUA